CUUGGCCUCAUCAAGAGAGCAGAGAGAGAAAGAGAGAGAGGGAGAGAGGUGGUCCUCUUUAGUGUUUUUUUUUUGGGGGGAAUAGCGAUAGCUAAGCUUCUUCAGCGGGCAAUACGACGCCUAUAUAUACACACACAGUCAUCCAUUCUUCACAUCAUCAUUUCUGAGUGGAAGAUAGAAAGAAAGAAAGCUAGUAGAGGCAGAAGAAACAGAGACAAUAAGGGAAGAGAGAGAUAGAGAAGAAGAAGAAGAGGAGGUGGAGGAGAUGUUGGAAGAGGAGAACGGGGUAGACCCAAGGCUGCAGGCCAUCUCGGCCGCCAUCCGCGUAGUCCCCCACUUCCCCAAGCCAGGGAUCAUGUUCAACGACAUCACCACGCUGCUGCUCCGCCCAAAAGUCUUCAAAGACGUAGUUGAGAUCUUCGUCGACCGCUACCGGGACAUGGGAAUCUCUGCCGUUGCCGGAAUCGAAGCUAGAGGAUUCAUAUUUGGCCCGUCAAUUGCCUUGGGUAUCGGCGCAAAGUUUAUACCAUUGCGUAAACCUAAGAAAUUGCCAGGUGAAGUUAUCUCAGAAGCUUAUGUGCUUGAAUAUGGCACUGACUGUCUGGAAAUGCAUGUUGGAGCUGUUCAUCCGGGGGAGCGUGUAUUGGUUAUUGAUGACCUUGUUGCCACUGGUGGGACACUUUGUGCAGCAAUACGGCUUUUAGAACGUGCUGGAGCUGAAGUGGUCGAAUGUGCUUGUGUUGUUGGGUUACCUAAAUUUAAGGGCCGAUGCAGAUUGAAUGGAAAGCCUGUUUAUGUACUUGUAGAGUGCCGUCGCUAGAACUUCAGAAUCAGGUGAACUUGUGCCAGUAUUCUGCUGUGAGAAGUUUGCAAGCCAAUGUAGCAACGAAAUCUUCGACUCAUUGCUGAGGCUAGCAGCUGUAGCAUUUUAUCCCUUACGAUAGGCAGGAAAAAAGAAAAACAAAAUACCUUCUUAGGAUCCUGUGAGAGCACUGCAGUUCCGUAGGCAAAUCCGCAUGUCUUCCACAUAGUUCUCUCUCUCUUUCUCCACGGUUUUAGUUUCAUGUUUCCAAAAUGGAUUUAUAUGCACCCUCUGCAUAUGAUCUUUAAAUUUUGAAUAAAUGUUCUUAGUAUUGAGUCUCUUUUU